AUGGCCUGCCCUGCAAGGGGUGCGCGGGGCGCUGCUGCUGCCCCAGUGGUCCCGCUGAGUACCAGGUUCUGGCCCUUUCGCUUGCAGGUUGCCCAGCUGCCGCUGAGCCUGAAGGACAAGGCCUGGCACCACAUCUGCGUGGCAUGGACCACCCGGGACGGCAAGUGGUCGGCCUACCAGGACGGCGAGCAGCGGGGCGCCAGUGAGAACCUGGCCUCCUGGCAUGCCAUCAAGCCCCAGGGGGUGAUAAUCCUUGGCCAGGAGCAGGACACACUGGGCGGCCGGUUUGAUGCCACACAGGCCUUCGUGGGGGAGAUCGCGCAGUUCGGUGUCUGGGACCACAUGCUGGCGCCGGCGGAGAUCCUGGCCCUGGCCAACUGCACCUCCCACCUGCAAGGCAACGUGAUCCAGUGGGAUGACCAGGCGGUGGAGGUCUUUGGGGGCGCCGGCAAGGCGAGCUUCGUGGCCUGCGAGGAGAGGAUGAAGGCGUGAGCGGCCCCUCGCCCCCCACCCACGGGAAGGAGCAUGGCAGUG